AUGAAACUUCACGAGAAAAAGGAGUCCGGAAUACACAGAGUGCAGGAGAUUCCUUUGGAGGAGUUGGAUCUGUCGAAGGAGUAUGAAGUGGAGAAGACGCUCGGCGAGGGUAGUUUCGCCAAAGUUUUACUAGCGACUCAUCGAGCUACGCGAACCAGAGUCGUGCUGAAAGCCGUCCACCAAGAACUAACUACGGAGAAGGACUUUUUCCGCGAGUUUCACUACUCGUACCAUUUGAGCCCGCAUCCGAAUAUACUGUGCUCGUACGCGGUCGCGUUCAAAGCGGAGAAGUGUUUCGUUUUCGCGCAAGAAUACGCUCCCUACGGUGACCUAGCGGGCAACGUGAGAGCCGGAGGGUUGAGCGAGGAAGCGUGCAAAAGGAUCGCCAACCAGCUCUGCUCCGCUCUCGAUUUCAUUCACUCGAAGCAGCUCGCGCACCGAGACAUCAAACUGGAAAAUGUACUGGUGUUCGCGCUCGACAUGUCCAAGAUCAAACUGUGCGAUUUCGGGUGCACGAGGCGCGAAGGAACUCUCGUUAACAAGAUCCGAUGCACCUGGCUACCAUUCCAACCACCCGAAAUCUACGAAAUAGUGAAAAACGAGAGGUACGCCUGCAAGAGGAGCGCCGAUUGCUGGCAAUUCGGCAUCGUGCUGUUCGUCUGUCUGACUGGAAAUCCACCGUGGCAGACCGCCGAUCUGAUUCAGGAUCCAGAAUAUUCGGCCUUUCAAAGGUGGCUGAAGAGAAGAACCACCAAAGUUCCGCCAACGUUCAGACGAUUCACGCCCAGACUACUGCGAUACUUCAGGCGGACGUUCGAGCACAAACCUGAAAAAAGGCCGCACGUAACCGAGAUCAACAAGUAUCUGAAGGAUUCCUGGUGCGUGAACAAAAUCAGUCACAGCGCCACAUCUACGUUGGUAGACGCCAGCGAAGGAAUACCGAGGAGAGGCGACAGUCUACUUUACCUGGACACCGUCCUAGACGACCAACGAAACGUCGACGAGAACAAGAACAAGCUGAGGAAGCUUCUCAACAGUUACGGCCUCGAGACGACGAUCGAUCAGAAAGUCGUGACCAAGAGGAUCUGGGAGUGGGUGAUGCAGUGCGAUUCGAACAUCGCGGAGCCGGCUUUCGUCGGUAGCCUCGGGACAGAAACCAUGUGA